AUGGGGGAAUUUGAAAUUUCCGACGCUGUUGACGGUGCCUCUGAGAGACCUGCACGAACAGCACGUAAUAUUUUCUCGAUUUUGUGUUCUUUCAAUAGCGCUUUCUACUAAUGACGUCACAAAUUUCUGGUCCCUAGUGUGACUCAGACAUUAAACCUGACCGGUACAAGAGUUUAGUUUGGGAAAGUCACGUUCGGCAACAAAUUUUCGUCGUCUUUGAAGAUGUUUAUCGUUAAAGGAAACAAAAUCCGAUAACAAAUAUCCUGAAAAUAAUCAACGCCUACCAAGACAGCGUUAAACAUGGAAAAACUGUACAGAUGAGGGGUUUUAAUUCUUAUAAUUAUGCGGUGUCAUAAUACUCUGGGUAAAAUUAUGUUAAAAUGUGUGGAGAGCAGGGCUUCAUAGCUGUGCAUGAAACGGUGCAUUUGGUUAACUUUAUAGGCAAGGGUUGCUCAAGUUUUUUUAUUUUUUUUUCGAGUGCUUAUGUUACGCUACUUAGUACUAAAGGAUAUAAACACGAGGAGUCGCAAGCAGCAAAAUUUCUGUCCCGUAAUUUAAUCAGUUAAAUCAUCAAAGUUGACAGGUCUUUAUGAUGUUCAAAGCGACCGUUCGGUUUACCAUUUACACCUUCAGUGCGAAGACUGUCACGGGAACAUUAACACCUUCAGGAUAAUUCUUACCAUAACAGUGGUAGGUCGCGCGCCAAACUUGUUUAACCCUAGCAAAAAGCUCUUUUAAUGGAGGAACCGGGGGGGCACUUUAGGAAUUUCUGGGUGGGGAUGUGCCGCUGGGACCGUGGAACCCUUGACCUAUACCAGAGCUAGUUCAGCUGAAUUUUGCUACCCUAUACUAGAGUAAACUCCCAAAAUCCCCCUAUCCUAGAGUAGCUGUUUCCCCAGUCUAGAUAAAAUCUUCAACCAACUGAUCAGUUUCGUGAAAAAUGAUACCCUAUUCUAGACCCAAACGCUCUGAUUUAUAUACCCUAUCCUAGAGUAAACUGUUUGAAAACCAUACCCUUCACAGCGGCACAUACCCAUAUAGCCCAUAUAUGGCAGUACCCCCCCCCCCCCCGGGGGAGGAACUCAACUUGAUAGUUGCACUAAAGUCUAAUAAUUGUUACUGCAUUUGCAUGCUCUCUGUAACCUCGUGGGCAGAACAUACCUGAUGGUUACAUUAAUAAUAACCACUGCAUUUGCUCUCUGUAACCUCGUGGGUAGAACAUUCCUGAUGGUUACAUUAAUAAUAAUCACUGCAUUUGCUCUCUGUAACCUCGUGGGUAGAACAUACCUGAAGGUUACGUUGAUAAUAAUCAUUGCAUUUUCUCUUUGUAACCUCGUGGGUAGAAUAUACCUGAAGGUUACGUUAAUAAUAAUCGUUGCAUUUUCUCUUUGUAACCUCGUGGGUAGAAUAUACCUGACGGUUACAUUUAAUAAUAAUCACUGCAUUUGUUCUCUGUAAACUCGUGGGUAGAACAUACCUGAAGGUUAUGUUAAUAAUAAUCAUUGCAUUUUCUCUUUGUAACCUCGUGGGUAGAACAUACCUGAUGGUUACAUUAAUAAUAAUCACUGCAUUUGCUGUCCGUAAACUCGUGGGUAGAGUAUACCUGAUGGUUACAUUAAUAAUAACCAAUGCAUUUCCUCUUUGUAACCUCGUGGGAAAAAAAAAAUAAUGCCUCUCUCCAGGAAAUUUUGCCCUGUCCUUUGAGCAUAGUGAUCUUUGGGCAGCGAAUUCACGAAAACAAACAGGUAAAACGCUUUUUUAACAACAGCAUUUAUAUUAUUUGGCUUUUUGAGGGAGGUUAAACAUUAAUGGAAUAGAAAAUAAAACAAGCUGAUAAAGCGGAAAAAGUUAUCUUUAUAAAAUGCGCUUUGACAAUGUCAAGGAGUGAAAUAAGCUGAAGUUUCGUAGUUAGCCCGAAGAAAACCUGUUUCUGCAUGAAAAGCAGGACUGAUUCCCUUCUCUUAACUAGAAGAGAUGCAUAUCCCUGUGAACCAGUUUUUUUAACCAGGAGCGAUUCCCAGUCACUUCUGAUACUUUAUUGACACGAGUUCCUAUUUCAAUAUAUGUCUAAUUCAAGCUUAGCCGCGUGAUAGCUCUUCAUUAGCGAAAAGGUCCAAGUGAUAUUUUGAUUGACGUGUUGGUUUGGAUCCUGAGGUUUUUUAACACCUUUUCUCUAGCUUAACUGGCGAAGAUACUCUAGGAAUUUGCCCUUCAAUUCCAAAUUUUUUUGAUGUGCUGCCAGAUGCCGAGCAAAAAUAUCACCGCUUGCGGCUCCUCGUGACAACAGAACAAACUUAUACAAUUUCCGGUUUGUGCUAAUGUUGGUCACUCGGUGUGCUUUUCAUUUUAGAUAUUCUGUCACAGACUUGCGAGAAGUACAUCCAAACUCUAUUUUCUCUUUAGCAAUUUCGGUUUUGGAUUAUUACACAUCCUGAAUAAUGUUAUGUCAUGUUUCAGUGCAUAGCGGUGCUUUCUACCUAAGACACAGAGCUAGGGACCGAUUUCAGUAACCUUCUUUGAUCGAGUCGCUUUAUUUUCUGAUUUUAACCAUUUAUUUGAGUUACUAGCCCAGGUUUUGCUCCCUAUAGCAGUAGUGCCUUUUAUAUAUUGGAAUUAAGCCCAAAAAGCAUUUUAAAAACGCUCACUGCCAAUUUCAUGAACAAUUUUCAAGUCGGAAACGCAUGUUUCCGAUACAAAGCCUUGCAGUAGAAUGCCAAGUUUGUCUGAGUCACGCGGGGGGUCUAAGGUGACAAACCUUAUUUUUGGUAAUAGUGGAAAGCGCUAUUCUUAUACAGUCACUCUCCCGUCUCUCUGUAUUCACGCCCCCUUGCACAUCACACCCUCGCACCAUCGAGCUCUGUUAUGUUUUGGCCCAUUUUACACUUAUAUACAGUGAAAAAAAAAAUAAAAUAAAAAAAAUAAUACAGUGUAACAUUAUUUUAUUGAUAUUGUUGUAGGCACUUCGUAUCAAGUUGGCAAACUAAACGCAUCAGAGACGCGUCAAGGAUGGAAUUGCAACAGUGGAUGUGAGGCGCCACAACAUUGUACCUUGCCACGCUGCACUAACGUGGUAUUUCCGCAAACAUUUAGUGGAUCUGGAACCGUAAGUAAACCCUACUAAAGAAAUUAUAAAGUGGCUUCCUCUAAUGGGUUCGCGAAAACUUUCUAAUAGAAGCAGACAGCAAUAAGCUUCAUUAGAAACUAUCUUCUUGACAAAUUUUGAUUUGCCAACAUUGUGGCUUUUAUGAUGUUAUGACCUCAGCGAAUUUAGUGCACAUAGGUAUAUUCAAGUGCUCCAUAAUCCCUAAAAUGCGUCGUUGUUUUUAAACAAAACAAGAAAGUCAGAGGAUUCUGACGAUAAAUUUAGGUUGGAAAAUAUCUAAUCCGAAUAGGACCAGGAUUGGGGAUGGGGAGGGGUGGAGGCGUCAAUUAAGGGUGGCAGUUUUGUUUACUAACUAUUGCUAUUUGUAACAACUUGUUAUAUAUGAUGUUAUAACAUAGAAGGUCGUAAUUUUAAAUUGUUUGGUAAACACUUGAUGCAUCAGGUGUUAUAUCUAUAAGACCCAAAUAAAUAUUGUCUUGUCUUGUCUUGAUUUCUCAUUAAUGCAUAUUUUUACCUGACGCAUUUCAGGUUCGAGUAUUUGUGUCAUUAAGCCACGAAGAUCAGUCUUCAGUUGUCCAUUCACCUUCCACCGUGUGGGCAGAGUCCAUUAGUACAGCUGGAUUUCAGUUAUGCUCGCGUGCAUCAGGUUCUACAAAUGACACUGGAGUAAUCAACUGGGUAGCGUUUCAGGACAAACCCAUGUUAACGCAUGGGAGCGUUACUUUUAGCGGAAUAUGGACAACAGAAACCAAAUGUGAGAAGGUGGCCUUUUCUCAGGUUAGAUAAUCGACUGACAAUAAUUCUUUAAUUUAGUAAGACCAAAAAAAAAAAUUAAAAUCGCACUUUAUUAAGAAUAUGAUGCUAAACAAGAGAGGAUAUCCUCUCUUGUACUGAACAAAUCAAAUAUCAGGAGUUUUUAUUUUUGGACAAUAGGGGUCAGGAAUUAAAAUUAAUUCUCUCAGUCUAGUUAUGUUUAGCUUUCGAGGGUUGUCCAAUACUGUCGACCAGAAUCCAGUCGUAUCCUCUUGCUUUCCAUCGGAAAACUGGAAGUCUCGUGGUGUAAAGUCCUACCAAGUGUUUGGAUGCAUUGGACACGAAUAGAUUCCGAUGGAAAAGUUCAUUUUCUAUUCGUGAGAGACUUAGAAAAAUUCCGCUCAUGUUGGAUGAGGGGGUGGAAAGUCGUUCCGAUGGAGUCCAUCGGAUCCAUUGGACACGAAUAGAUUCCGAUGGAAAAGUUCAUUUUCUAUUCGUGAGAGACUUAGAAAAAUUCCGCUCAUGUUGGAUGAAGGGGGUGGAAAGUCGUUCCGAUGGAGUCCAUCGGAUCCAUUGGACACGAAUAGAUUCCGAUGGAAAAGUUCAUUUUCUAUUCGUGAGAGACUUAGAAAAAUUCCGCUCAUGUUGGAUGAGGGGGUAGAAAGUCGUUCCGAUGGAGUCCAUCGGAUCCAUUGGACACGAAUAGAUUCCGAUGGAAAAGUUCAUUUUCUAUUCGUGAGAGACUUAGAAAAAUUCCGCUCAUGUUGGAUGAGGGGGUAGAAAGUCGUUCCGAUGGAGUCCAUCGGAUCCAUUGGACACGAAUAGAUUCCGAUGGAAAAGUUCAUUUUCUAUUGGUGAGAGACUUAGAAAAAUUCCGCUCAUGUUGGAUGAGGGGGUAGAAAGUCGUUCCGAUGGAGUCCAUCGGAUCCAUUGGACACGAAUAGAUUCCGAUGGAAAAGUUCAUUUUCUAUUCGUGAGAGACUUAGAAAAAUUCCGCUCAUGUUGGAUGAGGGGGUGGAAAGUCGUUCCGAUGGAGUCCAUCGGAUCCAUUGGACACGAAUAGAUUCCGAUGGAAAAGUUCAUUUUCUAUUCGUGAGAGACUUAGAAAAAUUGCGCUCAUGUUGGAUGAGGGGGUGGAAAGUCGUUCCGAUGGAGUCCAUCGGAUCCAUUGGACACGAAUAGAUUCCGAUGGAAAAGUUCAUUUUUCUAUUCGUGAGACACUUAGAAAAAUUCCGCUCAUGUUGGAUGAGGGGGUAGAAAGUCGUUCCGAUGGAGUCCAUCGGAUCCAUUGGACACGAAUAGAUUCCGAUGGAAAACUUCAUUUUCCAUUCGUUAGAGACUUAGAAUGAUUUCACUCAUGUUAGAUGGAUUCCACUCAUGCCAUGAGGGGGUGGAAAGUCGUUCCGAUCGAGUCCAUCGGAUCCAUUGGAAACGAAUAGAUUCCGAUGGAAAAGUACAUUUUUCUAUUCGUGAGAGACUUAGAUAAUUCCACUCCUGUUGUAUAAGGGGGUGAAAAGGCGUCCCAAUGGAAGCCAUUGUAUCUAUUAGAUUCGAAUAGAUUUGAAUGCCUGGAGAAGAACAUUUUCUAUUUGUAACGCCAGGUCAAAAAUUGUCAUCAUGUUGAACGAGGUGGAAAAGUGUGAAACGGAGUCUACUGCAUCAGUCUUUUGCAGUGGAGAGGUGUAUAAGAGGUCGGGAAAAUGUGGUAUGUAAUCUUAAUUGUUUGGUUCGCGAGAAAAGGCUAGUGAAGUCCGAUCAUCCAUCAAAAACUGCAUCGCAUCAUGAGGUAAUUUCUUUUUAAAAGCGAACUCGUAUUUGAGAUAAUUCAGUAUAACAAUAUCUGUGUAGCGAAUGGCGGUAGCGAUAUGCGUUCUCUGUUCGUCGAGCUCCCGAAUUUCGAUAUGUUAGUUCGUUGUUAUACUCCAGGAGAAGUGAAACAAGUCAAUUAGAUUUGACAAAGUGAGCGUGCUACAGGAUCAGGUAACGCGAACUGUUGGGAACGCGAAGGAUGCGAUCGAGGGGGACUAGAAACAAGAGUUGCCUGAUCGACAAAAUGGCCAAGAUGGCGCAUCUUUCGAUCAUUGACUUUCUAAAAGAAUUUACGAGUAAAGAAUUCGAACGGCUAGGAAAAGGCAUAUGGAAUUAUCUUAAAUUCCACUGUUCCUUGAAAAUGUGGAAUCUUUCGAUAUUAAAUCACAGCAUAAGAAAGCAAAAACGUUACCUGAAGUGCGAAUUUGGAAUUCCUCCAAGGGAAGAAUCGACGGAGUUAUCUAUUUUGAAACUCGUAAAUGGAAUCUCUCAGUAGGAUUUUGGCAUCCCUCCGAAGGAGACGUUUCAGAAGGGGUUUGGUAUCCUUAGAAGGAGGUGUGUUGCAAAUGGAAUCCCUCAGAAGGACUUUGGCAUCCCUCAGAAAGAGAUGUCUUUUGCCUGAGAUUUUGAUCCAAAAGUAAGUAGCCAGGAAAAUACCACUAUUCAUUAUCUGUAUGUACUUACAGUUACUAUACGCACCACUGCAUGCAAGUACAUGCAAGUAGACCAGUUGGCAAUUCAUUAUAAUGUGUUAGAGCUGGUAUUGAAGUGUAGUUUUUAACAUUUACUUACCCGAGUGAUGAUAAUUGUGCAAGUCUAGGUUCGUUUAUGAAAUGGUUUGGAACUCCUCAGUUCUUUAAAAAUGACGAAUCUUUUCAUAAUAAAAGCAUAUUAAUGAAGCAUAAACCUUAUGUGCUGAUCAAUUGAAACUUUCAACAUUCCCCCUGCCCCCCACCCCGGGUAUUUGACACACUAUUUUGUGGUAAAUUGUCAUUGUUAUCAUUGGUACAAAUACGCCCAACUUACUUUUAGACGUCCAAAACACUCACCAUAAAUUAAUCCACACCCCAAACUACAUGCAAAAGUACCCUGGGUGUGACACGGUGUGAUCCCCCCUUUGAAAAUUCCUAGCUAUGCCCCUGAUGUUUUGUUGAUAAAUAUAUUUUUGACAGGAUCAUGCAAAACUGGAAAUUUCAAAUCUCAGUUCUGUAAAUUGAUCCUUUAGUUCCAGACCUUUCAAGGCAAGAAGGAAGGUUUUAAAUAAUUGUUUGGAGGGAGUUAGAUUUUGCGAUUCCCUCUGUAUACAAAGAGGUAAGUUUUAAAUUCAAUUCCGGCCAUAGUACCACACUGCAUUACAAAUCAGAAUUUCUCCAACUCGGUUGGAAUUUGAGAUCAUAUAUUUUUGUUUUGUCUUGUCGCUUUACACUUAAAAAAAAAAAAAGAAUAACGAAUAGUGCUGGCUAUCCACAACGUCCAUCCAACAUGGAUUUCAGUGAAAUUUGUUUUUGCUUUUAAACUUAGAUGAAACUUUAUUGUGCGUUUAGUCGAGUGCACUUAUAAAUUGGGUCACCUUGGCUGUGUAAUUUCCUUUUCUAUCGUAGGUAUGGCAGACAAUGAUAGCGACGAGGAACCGGUCUUUUCUUUAACUAUAUAUGCUAGCUUUGGCAGGAGUGAUGAGAUCAGCUGAUCUGACAAUUUUAAAUCUUCCUUCUUGCCUUGAAAGACCUGGGACUAAAGAAUCAAUUUAUAGAACUGAGAUCUGAUAUUUCCGCUUUUGCGUAACCCUGUGAAGAAUAUGAUAUCACCAAAACAUCAUUGUAAUGUUCUGUUUUUAAGAGCUUGGGAAGAUCUGUAAACCGUUCAGGGCAUUUUUUUACCAAAUUCUGACCUGCAACCUGCAAAUUACACCCCUCGAGUGGAAAUAUAACCAUGGCCAUGUAAUAUUUUUAGAGGCAAUAAAGAUGUCACCUAAAAUUCCAAUUUUCCCUCACCUGAGAUCAUGCUCUGAGAACUGCUAAAAUUGGACCUGAUCUCAGGUUAAAUUUUCCCAUGGGCAACCAAUCAAAAAAAGCAAAAUAUGUUGAAUCGAAAAUAAUGAUCUUUUUUAAAUGCCCUCAAACUUACUCCAUUUUCCAUAAAGUAUUUACUUUUUGUUAUCUGCUAUACCUGAACAAAGUGGGGAGAACCCAAUCAGCAACAUAAAUAUGUACACAAUGCUAUUUUCUGUCAUGGACUUCUAUUUGACAAUGCAACAAUCAAAUAUAACAGAUUUUAGUGAAAGGAUACUCUUAAAAGUUUAUUAUUACAAUAACACGAGUAAUAGUUUGUUCAUUGUAGUUUAGAGGAAUAGAAUGAAAGUCUCCAGCACAGAAAAAUUAGUCUAAAGAAAGCUCUGAUUUAAGACAAGAAUGCAUUUCAGCUACAGCAUAUACACCACAUAUAGCAUCAGGUAUAGAAUAUAAUUUCUGCAAGUUUGUCUUGAUUUUGAAUAAUAAACUACCAGAAGGUGUUAAACAAAUUUCAGUAAUUAUGUUGGCAUGAAAUGACCUUGAUACUAUAUUUUUUGCUCAUGAUCAGAGAGAGAUUUUCUUACAAAACUUUUUUCCAACAAAAUUAAUCUGCAGAAUAUCACCCUCCCCCUCCAAUCAAACUGAGUCUGGUAUUAGGGUGUGUUUUGCAACUCAGAAACUCUUAUGGCAGUGGGUAAAAGCAGAUAGAAAAAGAAACUCACUGGCAACAUCUGAUGUGAGGAAUUCUUCUAUGUUAUUUUAGAAAACACAUUCAAGCCAAAACAGGAUGAUCAAGCUAUGUCCUCUUUAUGUCAGAUAUUUGACCUCUACUGGGCCUCUUAUGACUUGUCAUGCCCUCAAGAGAAAAAGAGUGAGGUACUGUAAUACAUGUUACUGUUGACUUUGGAAUUGUUAAAAAUUUUAUUUUAAGAGUUUGUUGAACAGAGCCAGAAUUAAGGUGGCUUGACUGGAUUUAGGGGGGAUACCCCCCAAUUUUGAGCAUUAACUAUGUCAGCAUGAGUAAAGAUAUCCAUGGGAAAAAGGUUACCCCAACUGUAUUAUUUCUUAUGAUCUGGGUUUUAUUGCAAUUAUCGGAGUCACCAUGGCAAUGUAAUGACACCAUUACAUUUUUUAUUUAUCUUUGUGUUUCUCUGUACCAGGAGUGUUUUAAGAAAACGCUUAAGAGAUUAUGUACCUGCCAUAAUUGCCAAUUGAAAUACAGUGUAUUUUCAAACAAAGUUUUAAGAAUCAUAAAAGCAGUGAAAUAGCAUGCUAUCCACACAACUAGCUAAUCUUUUAAGAAAAUCACAGCAACUCUUUCUAAAAGUUGCUGUGAUGUUGUAACCCAAGUAAGAUAAUUAAUUGUGAAAGGUUUGAACCCAGGAGUCAUUUCAAAAGCAGGUUGAGUUUGAUUGUCCGGGUGAACGUAGUCCUGAAUAGGACUGUUGUUGUUGACAGUGACUGACGUUUCGACAACCUGUGUGGUAGUCAUCUUCAGAGUCAAAGUGAGUUGUAUCACGUCAGUUGAUGGUAUUAUCAGGGUUCGUACGGGUCCUGGAAAACCUGGAAAGUCAUGGAAAUUUAAAAUUUCAAAAUCCAGGCCUGGAAAACCUGGAAAAUAUGUGUUGGUCCUUGAAAGUCCUGGAAAAUUAGACUUUUCCUAGGACUGUGAAUAAGUUUCUUUUCAUUUUCUUCGCUCACAUUUUCAAGUUUUUUGUUGGCGACAAAUGAAUGUGUACAAUCUUGCAAAAUCGUACCUGUCGUUAAUCCCAAAACCUGACUGUUCAGAGUCUGCGGUUUUACGGGCUCCCCAUGUUCGAAAAUUUUGUUGUUUGUAUCUGGAUGAGAAUGGCGCCGUUGUUUCGUUCUGUUUUAAAUGAAGUCAAAACGUACUCAAAAGUAUUGUUUCCGGCCCUUGUGAUUAAGCUGAAUGAACAAUGCCUGGGAAGUGUACUUUCAAAGAUAACUGGACUUCUCACGUGAUAUACAAAGACUGGAUAUUACAAGACUCAAGCUCUCAACACAAAGCACGUUGUCGCUUGUGCCAAAAAUCAUUGGACUGCUCAAACAUGGGGGAAUCCGCCCUCAGAAGCAGUGCUGUCAACUCACCCGGAUAAUCCGGGAGACACCAGAUUUUGGACCAUAUCUCUCAGUCUCCAGGUUAGAGUAUGAAAUCCUCCCCGAUAAUCGCCGAAUUUUGCCAUUUCUUGUAGAGUCGACUUUCCGACAAUAAAAUUUCAAAUAUUCUGCGUUGUUUGAGUUAUUUUUAUACUGUUAACAUCAAGCGUUUCCUUGUAAUCUCCGGUAUGCUCUUAUACUAUAAGCAAUAAUGUGAUUGGUGGGAAGUAAACCGAUCAAGUCAACAACAUCUUUUUCGCGCGUUUUGUGUCAUCGCAAAUUCGGGGCGAUCGGAGUCAACAGUAUCUUUUGCAAAAAUGCCGUCAUGCGCCAUUCGUUAUGACGUCAUCCAUCAUCCCUUUGCUAUCAAUUCUCAAUAUUUGAAGACGUGGGGGGUUGACAGCCCUGCAAAAAUCACAAGAGAGGGAGUAAGCACAAAGAAUUAGCAGCAUUAAUAGCUGAGCGGUCAGUGCCAAUUAUCCAGUUUAUGUCUUCAAAGGCAGCAUCUUCAUCUAGCUCUGACAAACCUGGUCCUUUGAUGUCUUGUGGCUUAUAUUCCAGCCCUUCAGUACGUGAUGCAAGUGCUCAAACACCAAGCUCAUUUGCUUCUCUUAAAGAAACGGUCGAAAAACAGUCGAAAACCGGUCAGUAAUUAAGUAGCACAGUCAAAAAGUCAUCGGAGUUCCUCGAAACGAAAACCUGAAGAAGCUUCUAAAAUCGACAGCGAAAUAGACCAGAAGCAACAGACUCUUGCAGAAACGUAGCAAAAAUGCUGCAUAGUUUGUUGGUUUGUUUGGAUUGUUUCAGUUUUCCUGGCUAUUACUGGUCCUGGAUUUUUGUAAAUAUCACUACUAGGGCUAUGUGUGUGAAAAUCGUGUGAAAAGGGUGUGAAAAGUGUGUGAAAAAAAGGAACCAUGUGAAAUCAAUGUUGGAAAAAAUACAAGUUCACCACAUCAGCAUUUCACAUGCAUGUGAACUUUUUGAUAUGGGUGUGAAAUUUUGUAAUACAUGUGAAAAAUUUUUGUCAUAUGUGUGAACUUUUUUUCCAAGCAUUUUAUUACAUGUGAAAUCUUUUCAUACAUGUGAAACAAUUCUGUCAUGCAUGUGAACUUCAAAUUUCACAUGCAUAAUAGAUGCUAUGCAUGUGAAAUUUUUCACAUGCAUGUGAACACUUUUAGGCACGUCAGAGUGAGCAUGUGAAUUUUUUUCAGGGCUUGUUAAAUGCAACGACCAUGAACCAUAUUUUUAUGAAAAUGCCAUGAAUUUCUGGUGAAUACCCCAUGAAAGGCAUUUCAUGGCUCAUAAAAACUGCAAAAUUAAAUUUCAUGCCAUGCCACAUCUAGCAUUCUAUGGCUCAUAGCUGAUAAAUAUCAAACUAAGUUGACUAUGCGGGUGAUGAAUUUUUGAAGAAUAAGAUUUGAUAUGUUAAUAACCUAGAAAAUUCACUAUACUUUAAUGCAUCAGACCUUUAAGGCAAGUGAUCACAACAAACGUGCUGUUACAAAUCAUCAUCAUCAUCAUCAUCACCAUUAAAGGUGAACCCCAAUAUACCAAAGUGCCAAGCCCCAGAAGGGCCCUCUUGUAAAGCAGCGGACUGGAAUUAGCGUUCAAAGCUCUUUUCACGAACUAGCUUGCAACCAGAUCUCUCAGUCAAUAACUGUAUUAAUUAUUAUUAAAUACACAGGGGUUUCAAAACAAGCCGGAGACUAGAGUUCUGCCAGCUACUCGACUGUAUAUCGCUGGCUGCGCUGGUCAUAACAAUUAGCUUGUGACAAACAAUCUCGAUUGUCACAGCCGCCUGCUUUUCCAGAGUUGGCUCCUACUUCAAAACAUUUUGAAACCCCUGAAUACACUGUACAUUCUUCAUUAUAUUUGGCUUGAUUAAAACCUUUCGAGUAUCCGAUCCACAUGUGCAUCUUUACAAAUAUCAUUGUCUUCAUUGUUUGCUAGAACAUGCUAUAUAAAUUUAUGUAUUUUAUCAACUGUCUCAUCUAAAUUUGUGGGUUGUGUAUCUUACCACUUAAGUUUCCACCUAGAAAGAUGUGUACCAUGAUUUUUGUUAAGUGGGGAGGGCUAAAUCCUGAGAAUUAAACCAUUCUUUCAACAGAUCUUCAUUGAGGACAAAACGGACUUAAUUGUAUUACUCCAUCAGAAAACUUACUUUGCUAACAUAUACGACAUAUGUAACUUACACUUUAUGAAUGUUUUGUUUCUUACUGUAACGUUCCUCGUUGUAACAUUGAAAGUCCACUUGAACAUGCGAACAGUUCCUUGCUUUGCAUGCUUUUUGAGUUUUCUUUUGAUACCGUUCGUUCAACUAAUGAUUCCUUGAAGCAAACGACUGGCAUGUUCGUGGUUUGCUCAAGUUGUCUUUGGUUCAAUCAGCUUUCCGUACCUGAGCUUAUCCAACAUGAACAACGUCCACAACACGUAUUAAUUAGUCGCAACUUAGAUUCAUGUAGUGAAGGCCAGCAUUUCCUUAAAUUCUCAAAGGUUUCCCAACUUGAACGAACAAUUUUAAGUCUUUCUCUUGCUUCUAAUACUUCAAAUGCACUGGAAUAUUCUAAUUAAUGCUGAAAAUAACCGCUUCUUCGACUCAAACGAGUGCACUUUCUUCGUCGCAAGAUUAGCCGCCAUGUUUGUUGUUUCCCAGGCUUCCCCGUGAUUUUAGCACAUGCGCGAGUUGAUUUACAAUGUCACGUGUGGCUUGUCAACCAAUAGAAAAUUGUAAAAUGAAGUUCCGUUGAAUAGUUUAAAUUCACGCGGACUUCACAAGCAACACAGCGAUGCAAACAGAAUAUUUUCGUUACUUUCGGAUAGAUAGAAAGACUGUCUUUCAAUAAUACCCAUGUUAUUUUCGAGAGAAAGUGAUCAAUUGCAAAAUUCUUCACAAAAAGCAUGUUUCCAAGUCAGCAACUCAGCUGGAUUAUGGCAGAAAGGUAUGUUCUUCUUGAUAUCGUGGUUCGUUAACAAGAGCUUAUACUUUGGUUUUCUAAUAGCCUGCGAAAACAUCCGUUUCUCCUCGCUCUUCGCCACUAGGGACGUUUCGCGCGAAACGUCCCCAGCGGCGAAGAGCGAGGAGAAACGGAUGUUUUCGCAGGCUAGUUUUCUAAUAACUUUGCGUAGGCUUAAACCUUCAAAGAUACAUCUUAAUUUAAGAUGCAUGCACAGAUAUGCCAUUGAUUGAUUCUUUUUUGUUUACUGCAGAAAAAACUGUACUCUUUGUUGCAAAUCGUCAAUGGAAUACUCUGAAAAUUUUAUGUUCUGACGCUAGUAGGCUGUGGCAGACUUGUCAAGACCAAUGUUAAAUAAAAUAGGAGAAGAAAUAGCAUAAGUUUCCGUUAUGCAUGCAAUGUAUACUACAAGUUGGAAGCAAUUCAGUUUCCAGUUAAUUCAUAAUGACUUGAGAGUUGAACUAAACCUAUAAAAUUUGAGUAGGUUUGUUUAUUUGAGCUUCGAUUCAUAAUAUUCAUACAUCUGCAGUAAGGUCAAAAAUAAAAGGCAGCUCUAUCUAGUCUGAUGUGUGGACCUUCAGUUCAGAAAGCUGUUCAGCCACUUUGAAAGAAGCAGUCAUAUAUUUAGCAUUAUUUUUUUCCAUAAACAUGCUUGUAUUUUUCAAAGUUGUUUAUUUACUUUGUCUUUUCACUGACAUUGAGAGCUAGAUUGCUUUUCUGUAACUUGGUAUUCCUUAAUAAGUGGAAAUUGUAAAUUGGCCACUAUGUCAUUUACUCUCAUAAUUAUUACAAUUUAUAAGAAAUAUUUCUAACCAAAAAUUAGUACAUUAUUAGUUAUUUUAUUGAUGUAGGAAUUAACGGUAUAAAAACUGAGCAUGAUAGAAAGUUUUGUUUUUAUUAUUAUCCUCCAGGCAAUAAAUAUUGACAUAUAAACAGGAUUAGACAUUGAUGUUUCCAUUAGCCUUAUGUGCCUUUUGGGAGUAACUUAAAUUUACAUUUAAGUUCAUUUUGGGACAUGUGAGUCAGUUGAACUGAGUUUCUCCAUGUUGAUAAUAUGAAACCAAUUUCCUUUGCCAAUCAAUUCUAUCCAGUUUGCUUUUCACUUUUUGCCAGUUUUACAUAAAUCAAGUUCUUCUGAAAAUACCAUAAAAUUAUAAAUAAACCAACAGAUCAGGCUAUAAACUGAAGUUGUUUGUGACUAUAUAUUCCCCUUUUCCCCAGAAACGCCUGAUACUCAGGCUAAUAUGAAAACACAACCAUGCAUGCAGUUGACAGUACUUCGGACAAAUUUAUUGCAAGCGGAAAGUGAAAAUGUAAAUUUGUGUGUAAAUUGAUCUAAGCUAGUUGAUUUACUGAAUAUCUGCUUGUGAAACAACAUACCCAAUUUGUGUGAAGUGGUAUGGGAAAUUCUACCCUGCAAGCGGAGUUUUCUUUCUUGCAUGGCUUUUAGCGUUUACAAAGUCGUUUGGGUGGCUUGUCUGUCGCGUAGUUGGUUUGUUUACGUGUAAACAAACCUCUGCUCGCAGGGUAGUGAAAUUCUAUUGCCAUUCAUGAUCUCCGAUCUCUGAGGAUUUACAUGUGAAAGCUCAUGUGAAACCCCAUGUGAAGUGUAUGUGAAAAUAAUGUGUGAAUUAGUAGCAUGUGAAAUUCUAGAUGUUUUGCCAUUCAGUGAGGAUUAAGUACAUGUGAAAGACCAUGUGAAACCCCAUGUGAAGUGUAUGAAAAUAUGUGUGAAUUUAAAUGAGGAUUUACAUGUGAAAGCCUGUGUGAAACCCCAUGUGAAGUGAAUGUGAAAAUAUGUGUGAAAGGGAUGACUCGCUUCACACCCUUUUCACAUAUAUUUCACUAUGCAAAAUUUCACAUGCACGUGAAAUAUGUGUGUGAAAUGCGUGUGAAAAAGUGUGUGAAAAACGUGUGAAAAAUGUGUGAAAAAAGUGUGAAAAUAGGACAUUUUUCACACGUUUUUCACAUGGUGUUUCACAUACAUACUCCUAGUAGUGUAUGGUCCUUGAAAGUCCUGGAAAAGUCCUGGAAUUUUGAUGGACCAGUGGUGUACGAACCCUGUAUUAUACUCUGGUUAUUAAUCUGGUUGGUCAAUUACGUUGCAAUGUUAUUGGUCCUCUGUCAGUUAAGCCGUGAUGUUAUUGGCUAUGAAGACUCGUAAUCAGUAAUCGAUCUGUCUAUUGUCACAGUUAAACAGUCGUCUAUUGUUGGUCAAAUUGUCAGUUCUCCAGUAGUUCUCUCAUACAUGUAGUUAGUUGUAUUACAUCCUACAUGAUGAGCCGUGAUGUUCACCGUUUCGAUUCUCACUGCUAUCCAUGAGACAAGGCAAUUCAGGGGCACCCAACGGCAAUUUUCGGGAAAAUAUCUGUUCGGAAGACGAUUUGAGAACUAGAAUUUUCGGAACAUUUGUUGUAAAAUUUCUUGCUUGCCUGCCUCUCCUAGGAUUUUCGAACAUUUACAAAAUGGUAUAAUUACCCAUUUUAAACGGAUAUUUACCCUAAAAAAGGCCACCUAGAAUUUUCGGGAGCCUUUUCCUGGCUGAAAUUUUCGAAAAGGUAAGUUUUGAUCCCUAUAAUUUUCGGAUCACUAGACUUUCAGCUAGGAAAUCCGAACAGAUGAAAAGUUUUUAGGGGAUAAAAAUAUGUCUAUAACAACCGUUUAAAUACUAAAAUACGUUCAACAAUGCUAUGUUAAGUGGUUUUGAACUAUAUCCUUGUUGGGUGCCCCUGGCAAUUAUUAGCAUUUUCCGGAUAUUUCUUUGGAAAGUAAUUAUUUAGAGUUCUUUUAAAUGUAAAUUUAUUUCUUUUGCUAAUUGUUCGUGUGCAUAUAUAUGAAACUUGAAAACAACGCCACUGAAUAAUGAGGACACUCACUAAGGGAAAAUAUGGUUAUACACGGUUGUCAAAAGUAGCCGGCUGCCGGUGAAAAGUGCCACCUUCUUGGUUAGUAUCAGCCGGCUACUCUGCUUGGCAUUUCUUUGCAGAUGACCUUUUUUAAAUAAAAUAUCCCUGGACUGGCUGCUUACUUUGACAACUCAGUCAUCUACUUCAAAACUUUCUGACAACCCUGGUUAUAUUGGAGGCCCUUUUUAAAAGCCUUCACUGUUUUCAAUGUUCUUGAAACUUGCAGGGUAUAUUUAUUAACAAUUGACCUUGAGAUUGGUAAGUUUAUGAAAAAAUUUAUCUAGUGGUUUUUUGAAUAAUGUGAAAUUUGUAGGCAUGGACCAAAUUAUGUGCAAGAACUGUAACAAAAGCAGCUGAAUGCAGGUUAAUAAAAUUCUUCUCACUCGCGUUCGCCCAGAGCAAUUCCCCUCUUUUUAUUUGUACACAGUUUUGAAUGGAAUCAAAUCAUUAUGAUAUGAAACCGUGCUUCGAAAGCUUAACAUUUUCUUAACAUAUUAGCUAAUUGUGUGGAUAUAUAGCAUGCUAUUUCACUGUUUUUAUGAUUCUAAAAACUUGUUUCAAAAAAUUUCCAAAAUGCUCUCACAGAAUUUGUUCAAACUUUGCUAUAAUUGAAGCAAUUAUGGCAGGUACAUACUCCCUUAAGCCUUUGCUAAAAAACACUCCUGGUACAGAGAAACACAAAAAUAAAUAAAAAACAUAUUGGUUUCAUUAGGUUGCCAUGGCGACUCCAUUUGCAAUAAAACCUAGAUAAUAAGAAAUUUUCAUGUAAUAUAUCAAACAUGAGACGCAGUGUUUCAUCACCAGAUGAAACACCGAGAAGAGAGUUGAAAAUACGACGCGUAGCGGAGUAUUUUUGACGAACUUCGAGGUGUUUCAUCUGGUGAUGAAACACUGUGUCGAAUGUUUGAUAUUUCUUCUCAAACAAAAUCAUUUUUGACGGAGAAAUUAAGGAUGCAAAAAUGAGCAGUUUUUCAUCCGAUAUCCAAACACUCAUUAAACAUUAAUUUCCUUUGAAUUUUCUUUAUGAAUUAUUAAUGAGUUUGAGAAGUUUAUAUAAUACAGGAAUGUUGUGGUAGCCUUUUUCCCAUAUCUUUGCUCGUGCUGAUGUAGUUAAUGCUUAAACUUGGAAGGUAUUCCCCCUAAAAAAUCCAGUCAAGCCACCGUAUUUAAUUUUGUUUUCUCUGUCAUACCUUUUUCUUGCAAUCUUUCAUAGGUAAAGAGAGAUGAGGAAGUGUAGAAACCUAUCAGGUCUGGUUCCCCCAAGGACAUUAGGAACAAGGAGGAUAUCUCAAAAAAUGAUCAGAAAUCUCCCCUGUACCUACUAAAGCUGUUAUCCCACCUCAAUUCUGACAAUGAAGACAACAAGUGAGGUCUUAUUUGCAGAAGGUGGCGAUUCCUGAAGAAGGCACAGAUAGUGACAGGUGAAAGAAGGGCAAAGGGACGGGCCUUGCUGGAAGCUUUGGAAAGGCCAGGCAUCAGUCAGCCCCAGGUGCGGGAGUUCCUAGAGCUGGCUGAUGAAAACGGACAAGUGAGACCAGCCCCUUCAAAGCAGUCUGAUAAACCUUUUUUCAUUCCUGAGUCUGCUUUGUAAUAGUUAUCCUUUUAGUUCAGCUCGUCGUUGUUUUGUUGUUUUUGUUUUGUUUUUUAUCCCAUUCCUCUCCUGGGAAUUUUGCCGGGAAACUUGUUUUGAAGCUAGUGGCUUCGUUUUGUAGUCACUGUCUGGCUUAUGAGCUAAAUCUUACCAGAAGACUGUUUAAAGGCCGUGUAGUUCACAGCGUUCAGUAACAGAUGCAAAUUGAAAAUGUUAUUUUCAAAAGUUGGGGCAUGCAUAGAAAGCAUGAGAUGGUCUCGUGGUUUUAAAGUAACACAGCUGCAGUCACAAAUUUCGCUUUCCCUUCUUUAUUCGCUUUUAUUGCUACCCUUUUUUUCUUUCAAUGGACACUGUUACUGGCUUCAUUUGGGUGGGGAAAUAUUGGGAAAGCUUUUAAAUAGUAGGAUAGCAGGAAGUGAUUGGUUAAUUGGAACAUAAUUAUUUUUGCAAUUUUUAAAUCAAUGUUACAUGGUUUUUUUGUCUUUUCCUCUGGCCCCCUGUACUGAAUAUUUGUGCUCACUCUCCCUCUUCUUCAAAGCUUCCUUUGGCAAGGGCAUUGAGAAUGGGAUGAAAGCAGUGCAGUGGCUAUAAAGCUAAUAAAAUACAGUGCAUGAUACAAUGCCAAAGAAAAUUUUUUGUUAAGUACAGUUAUUAGAGGAGAAGUAAUAGUAAAGACCUUUACUAGCUUGUGGUUGUUACCGCAGAUGCUAUGUUUCCCCAAUGUAGGUCAUGUGUGACAACAUUUAGGGCAUGGAAAUCAAGCCUAGCCAUGUGAUAUUGCUCCAAAGAAUGCUUUCUUUAAAAUUGUGUAUAAGUCACAUCAAUAAUUUUUGGACACAAGACCUAUAUAAAUUUUAAGGUUAUGAUGGGUAAAUUGUUGUGAGAACACCUCUUCAUUUACACUGGGGGAAAGCAAAACACAAGCUAAAAGGAAUUUACUGUCUCUUCUUAAGAUGUUAUACCACUGUCUAAUAUUCAGCAUAAAAGCUACAAUCCUGCAUUGAAAGUCUUUGGAACAAUGAUUGAGUAUUUGUAAUUUAUUUGUGCCCUGACUCAUAGCCAGGUGCUACCCUUUUGAAAAAUACCCUGUACUAAAUCUAUCACUGUUUCCCCACACCCUUUACAUAUUGAAACUGCGUGCAUAUAUCCAACAUAUUUCCUGUAGGGUGCAGAAUAGGGUUGGGCAUGCAUGAUUUUACAUGAAAAACGCAAAUUAACUCUAACUUGUUAUAAGAAAUUUGUCCAUGCUUUUCUCAACAAAGAUGUGAUUAAUAGCAAUCCAACAGAGAAGGAAGGGUAAGCCUUGCUGGAAGCAGUGAAAUAUUGUUUCAACAUGAGAAGAGAAAUUUCAUAUUUCCGAGCGGCCAUGCAAUAUGUUCCAUUUAUUUUAUACCACUGAAAUACUUAACCAUUUCACUUAUUAAAUGAAUAAUUUUUUUUCUGUAAAAGGUGUGAGUUGUUAUAUUGUACCAUAGCAGUGGUGAUCUUUUCACAUGCAAAGUAGACUACGUGUAGUCCCCCAUUUUUCCUCAGGGAUAGUAGAGCGAGCGAAACGCGAGCGCGCGUAAAAAUCACCCCACGCGAGAAAAGGCGCGCGUGGGGUGAUUUUCACGCCCGCUCGCGUUUCGCUCGCUCUACUAUCCCUGAGGAAAAAUGGGGGACUACUCGUAGUCUACAUGCAAAGAUAACUUACUUGUUAUUUUGACAUGUGAAGAUAUCAUGUUUUCGAACACAAGCUCACCCAAUAUUUCAUUGGCGUUUAUAAAAAUAUGAUAAAAAGCAUAUUUCUUUCAUUUUUCUGAAUUGGGCCCUUAUGGAAGAGAUCUAGAAUCAUCCAGCUUCAAUUUCUGUCUACAGCUGGUUGAUGUGUGAAGUGACCAGCACUGAUUUAUGUAAUGUUUUAUAUAGCUUUUUAUCACUUAAUGUUUUUUACUAAGUAUUUUACAAAACAAAUAAUAAUUCAAUAUUGCUCAGGUUUAAAACUUCAGCUGUUCAAUAACUUCAUACAUUUUGUAUCCAUGUAAUGUCAGUUUCAAUGUUAUGCCUACCGCGUACCAGUAUGUUUCUUUUAAUAAUUCUACUCAAGUGUAGCUCAUAUUAUAGUUACCAUUAAAGAACGAAGCAUAUACUUGUGUACUGUCCUCGUUUCGCUGGGCUUUUGCCCCGUUUCAUAGCUUUACCGUGCUUGUUUUGACUGGUGGCUUUAAGCGUGCCAGUCCGUCUCGAAUUAAGGGCCUAGGGGACUUAGGGUUUAAAGAACGAGUUAUGUUAGGUGGGUACCGUGCUUGUUUUGACUCGUGGCUUUAAGCGUGCCAGUCCGUCUCGAAUUAAGGGCCUAGGGGACUUAGGGUUUAAAGAACGAGUUAUGUUAGGUGGGUACCGUGCUUGUUUCGACACGUGGGUUUAAGAACGCGUUAUGCCAUUCGCGUAGCAUGCUCGUUUCGGCUCAUUGCUUUAAGAACGAGUUAUUAUUUUUGUGUAGCGUGCUUGUUUUGACUCAUCGCUUUAAGAACAAGUUCUGUUGCCUGUUAGGCUUGCCAUUCUCGACUUAGGGCUUAAAGAACGAGUUAUGUUACACGUGCAGUGUGCUUGUUUUGACUCAUGGCACGACUAGACUUCCUGAGAUUCCAUCGGAAUCGAUGUGUUUCCAAUGGAUCCGAUGGACUCCAUCGGACGACUUUCCAACGCUCCUCUAAGUAUUGUUUACACUUCCGGUUUCAUGUCAUGACUAAACUUCCGGUAACUCAAGUGGACUCUACUGAACUUCCGGUUUCAUUUUUCGACUAGACUCCGUCGGACUCCAGGUUUUGUCCACUGGAAUCUGGUCGAGAGUAUUGGACAUGUGUGUAGCUUUCAUGCUUGGGCUUUUACUUUGGUGGUGUGAUUGAGAUGCUUGGCCGUGUUGAAUGUAUUGAUGUGUCUGUAGUGAAUCAGGAAAUUAAAUAGAGCUAUCUUCAUUUACUUGAAAUUUUAGUAUUUUCACAUUGUAAGUAACAAAGCUUAGCUGAAAACUAAAGUUUUUAUUUGUAACUUUUAGUAAUGUGGUAAAUAUGAUUGAUUUCGCCCUGCUUUUUGCAUUUAUUCGCAGAAAAAGGGGAUGAAAAGAAACUCGAGCCAGCAUAAUUAGAUUACCGUAAAAUUCCGAAAAUAAGCCCCUCUAUGAAUAAGCCCCUCCAAAUAUAUGCCCCCUAAACCGCUAACGCAAAAAACCCUCCGUUAAAUCACCCCUCAAAAUAAAAGCCCCCCGGGGGCUUGUACUUGGAAAAUUGCCCUCAAAUACAGAGUUAAACAAAGCAAAAACGGUAAAUUUAUUUCCAUCUAUAAGAGAAGCUCAAUCGAUUUUGUAACGCAAAUCUUCCUCCUUAGAUAAGCCCCUCCGAAUAUAGGCCCCUCCAAAAAUAAGCCCCUCAAAAAGGACCUUUGAAAAAUAUAAGCCGCGGGGUUUAUUUUUGGAUUGAUCCAUGAUUCCUUUUUCCUUUUCAUUUAAGUGUAGCUUCCAUGAGAACAACAUUGACUCUUAUUUGAUUUCUAGGAAAUGUUGCUUAUUUUUUUUGGUUAAUAGUUUUUCAUUUGCCUAUAUAUUAUUUUUUGCAGAACUUUGCUUCCGAGCCUAAUGUAUUUGUCUCUGUCAAGUACACUCGCAGUACAAAGCCAAAUGAUGCUAUGUACUUAUGGUUAGAAAACGCCAAUUCUGGAGGAUUUGAAGUGUGCUUAAGGGAAUUCUUGCCCUUUGAUGGAAAACACCAAGAUGCAGUUGUGGUAAGAGAAGUAUUAUGCUCGAGUAAUUAAACAAUAAAGUGAAAGAUCACGGACUAUACAGUACUAUCAUCUCGGAUCACGCACUGGUGCAUGACGUAUUGCAUGACGUUUGCAAAUACGACUUGUGCCAUGUUAUUUCACGUGCUGCGUUAUUCGGGGUGAAAUAUUUUUGUUGUCUCUCACGUCGCGACGUCAGUGUUUUGUGUCGAUGUCAUAUUGUUACGAAUAAUGGGUAAGUAGAGGUGGCUCGACUGGAUUUUUCAGGGGUAAUACAGUCCAUGUUUGAGUAUUUCCUGCGUCGUUGUUAUUCGGUAAAGCUGAAAAUAUGUUUUGAUUAGUGUGACGUUGACAUCUCUGUUGUCAUGACAACGUAAUGAUGUGUUCAACACUGAGAAUCGUUUACGGGAACUUCUAAUAGCUGUCUUAAUGUUCGCGAAGUUUAAGCAAAACCUACCAGAGCAUUAUCGAGGUAUUUUGAUAGGAAGUUUUUUAAAGAUAGAAAUUAAGAAAAAAUAAACUGAUCAAUCUUGAUUUGGUGCGGGUGUUUUUAAGGGGCAGCCUGUUCAAGUUUUGCAGAGUACAGAGAAAUGAGGUUGCAAGUAGAAUAUGUAAUGAUGGCACUGAAAAAUCCUGCCAACUUUCAGAAAAUGUCAUUGACCAUUCUUGUCUAAAAGAUGGCAAGUUUAAUCUGUUCUUUUCUUCGUUUUUACCUUUUUACACUUUUUUUGCCCCAGGACUAGUUCGCAUUCACUGGCAAUGGAAGUCAACUCAACUUUACAAUUACAGGAAAAGAGUAUUUUGCAAACAGUGGAAAUCCAUCAGCCCAAAACAACUAUGGCUUUUGUCAGGUGAAAACUACUUUAUUUCAACAUUUAGCACAGUUAUUUGUAAGAUUGAAACUUUCAGUCAAUCUCAGUAACAGUAACAGUUUCAAUAACUACUGCACAGUUAUUUAGUGGACAGCUGAUUGCCAAUAAAGUAACGAAUUUUAAAAAUACUUUUCAGUCUUUGUCCUUAUCAUCUAUUAACUCCUUGGCUGUUUCCACCUUACCGUUCGUACUUAUUUUGCCUGUUUCUUGAGUUAUAUUAAUAGUGAUGAAUGAACUAAACAUCCAAUUAAAAAGUUAUAGAUUUGCACAAGUUCAGAACAACUGGUAUUUCUAAAUUUUACCUCAUGAGAGUUUAGAAAUGAUGGUUUUCGAGGAGAGGGGAAAACUAGAGCACCCAGAGAAAAACCUCUUGGAGCAAAGGAGAGAACCAACAAAAAUUUCAAACCACUGAUGACGCGUCUACGCCGGGUUUGUUCCCCGGCUACAUUGGUGGGAGGAGAGUGCGGGUGCCACCCUUGCUCUCCCUUUAGUGACAAUUACAAGCUAAAUCUUGGCAACUCGUUUCGUGUCAUUGACAAUAAUCACUGAAGUGUAUCUGUAAAAGUUAGAACUUUGUACUAUGCCAGCCGACCCAACCUUAUAGCGGUCGCUUAAAAAACUAAUAACAUAAGUGCUAAGUGAUAAGUGCUGUUGUCCGACUAGUCUACGCGCCGAUUUGAGGUCGUUACACAAAUUAAGGAAUAGUUUAUCAGCUCGUUGUUUUUUAUGGUUGUCGGUUUUCGUGAGGACUCAAAAAGCUGUACGUACACUUAUACAUUGCUGUGCUACCUGCUUUUUGUAUAGAGUUACUCGAGUUUCUUCAGCAAAGAAUAGUAUGGGUUGUCUUGAAACGUAUCUGCUUUAUAUUCAUUGAAAAUAGCUAGCCCUGCAUCUUAUCUUAGACUGAGAGAUUAUUCUGAGAAGUGAAAGGUUUAUAGAGGAUGGCCCAAAAUAAUGGGAAAAGAGCUACAUACUAAUUCAUCGCCUUAAAACGUUCUUGAUUUUUCUUAUUUACAGGAAGUACCUUUCAAUACGACCUUCUAUGAAUCGCCAGUUGUGAUUCUUUCCGUAAAUCAUCAAUAUGAUCGUCAGAUCAAGGGAAGUCGUCUUCCAGGAAAUAAUAUCAUAUCGGCAUGGGUAGAGGUAGGUUUACAUUGCUAUUACGUGUGGUUGAUGAUCAGGAUUAUGGAUUUUUUCAGUGCUUUGCUGAAUCAUUUAUGCAUUAGUCUGCUUGAAGAGCGACCACACCUUCAGAUCCAAGUCACAUCUCACUCGUUUGGUCAGGGGAUAGAGGUGCUUCGGUCAGUCUUCUAAAUUGAUUAAUGAUACCGACCCCGAAAUGAUCCCCAUUUCUCUUCACGUUGACCCCGAAAUGAUCCCCAAUUAAUUCUUGGAAUGGAACUUGUAUUCCGUCACGGAAUUAUUGCAAAUCUGUUACUGCGUUUACGUUCUUAAAUCGCGUUUAACAUUUCCCUUCAAAUUGAAAACGUUACAGUCAAGAAUAGUAUUUCUCCUUCUUCCCUUCCCAAGAGACCCCGCGCGCGCCUCAACCUAAUCCUCAAUCGUCUCUCAUCCCAAAAAACACUAGAUAACUAACCACGUCAUAUUAUGUAAUAUCCGGUCAUCAUUUUACUUCAUAUAUAUUUCUGUAAAUUCGUGAUAUCUCAGUAAACCUGAUGAAGACUGGUAUUGACCAGUCGAAAUAUCGCAACUUAACUGUACUUCAUGUUGUUUGAUCAGUCCCUGCGGAAGUCUUGUUGACUGUAACGUUUUCAAUUUGAUCUAUUUUGACUGAUCACGAUCUUUUUGGAUCCGACGUUGAGCAAGAUUGAUAGUACACGGUAUUUGCAGUGUUUUUUUUUUUUUUUACCUUAAUUAAACUUUUCGCUAGAGUUUAUCUGAUUUUUUUAGCGCUUUUGUCAUCUAAUUGCCUUAAUGUAUACUUUUGCAUCUUCAAUAUCAUGUUAAGAUUUUAAAAAGUGUUAAAACACCAUUUUUAAAAUUCAAUAUCCGAGACAUGCAAUUUUAACAUCAUUUUUAGAAUUUAACAUUUAUGCAGUUUUCUCUAUAACCAGGGCUAUAUAAUCACCUAAGUAAUAAUUAAAAAAAAUGUUAUGUUUCUUGAUAUCAGUGUCAGUUGCAGUUCAUGGUGUCCCAAAAAUACACUAGACUCUGUGUAUUUUUUGAUAAUAAUAUUUUUCGGCGUUUAUUCCAAUUCAAAGUGUAAUCCCAAAUUAAUGUCAUGUGGGCAAGUGAAGAUUAUUAGUGAAGCUUAAGUUAUAAUGUUGUGCAUUUUGCACGAUCCAGAGUUCUAGGAUAUCAUUCCAUUCCUAAAAUUAAAUGGGGAUCAUUUCGGGGUCGAUUUGGGGAUCAUUUCAGGGUUGAGGAUCAUUUCGGGGUCGGGAUCAUUUCGGGGGCUGUACAGAUCUGAUCAAAGCUAUCGUUGAAAUUAGAGGGAGUUUAUAUUAAAUCGGAAGGUCACAUAUCUAAAUUGACGUUCGAUGAAAAUCAGACCAUGUAUAUUUUCUGAGUGCUAUCACUUUUUGUUGUAGGAAGUUGGAUUAGAAUCUAUGAAGAUAUGCGUUAAAGACCUCAGUGGAUUAGGAUCGAGUCAUGAUCCCUUAAUAGUCAGCUACGCUGUUACUGGAGGUUAUUUUUUUUCAUUUUAAUAUAUUUGUUUGUAUUAUCUAAAUUCGCAUAGCAAACCAUUUAAUAACAUCAUCAUAUAUAAACCUUAUGUUUCACAACAAUAACAGAGCUCUGGCCGGUAUGCAAACAUGUUGUAACCAUACAUGAUUGUUUUUUUUUUUUUUUUUUUUGAAUGGUGAGAAUAACUAAAGAAUAUAACGACUUGUUUCUUGGUACAGAUCUUAAUCCUUGCCUUAAUGUUCAUUGCCCUCGAUUUGGAGUCUGUAGGACCUACAGUGCGCAUGACGCUCGGUGUGAGUGCGAUGACCAAUGCUCCUCAUAUGAAAACCCAGUGUGCACUGCGAACGGAACAACUUACGGCAACCGAUGCUGGCAUAAGUUAAGCUAUUGCAAAGGACUUGAGAAUAAUCUGGUCUAUCACCCAGGAAGCUGUGAAGGUAACGAAAAAUAA